UUGGCGACUGCAUUCAAGAUUGUAAGCUGGUUUUUUUAAUUUCAAAAACUUGAGUCAGUUCAGUUAAAAUAUUAAGUUGUGUGAAAGACCGUCUUUUAUUUGUGUUUAGUAGAAUAACCGCGAGGAGUGAGUAUCAAAGUUUAAUAAUAAGAAUUUUUAGUUUUUCAAAGGAAAAGUUAAAAAAACCUUAUUCAAAAUGACUUCAGCGCUUUAUUUGGAGCAUUAUCUAGAUAGUCUUCAACAUUUACCUAUAGAAUUACAAAGAAAUUUUAAAUUGAUGCGGGACCUUGAUGAUAGAGCCCACGGACUAAUGAGAACUAUAGAUCUUAUGGCUGAUGAAUUAUUACCAAAUAUCCCGAAAAUGGACGACGAAACAAAAAAGGAAAAAGUCAAUACGAUACAGGGAUUAUUUAAUAAAGCUAAAGAGUACGGCGAUGAUAAAGUACAACUUGCAAUACAAACAUAUGAAUUGGUCGAUAAGCACAUUCGACGCCUUGAUUCCGACCUCGCGCGAUUCGAGUCCGAAAUUCAAGAGAAAGUAAUGAGCUCUCGCGCCGCUCAACAGGCAGCUAGCGAACAGGAAGUGACCCCUACCACUGUAAAGAAGGGUAGGAAAAAGAACAAGAAUACCGAAAAAUCGGUUGCGUCGACAGGUAAGAAAAAGCGUGCAGGUGCUUCGAGUGAAGAAGAUGCUGUCGCUAGUGGAAGGUCUGCAGCUAAAAAGAAAGCUCAGAAAAAGGGUGCAACAACUACAAGCAAUCCAGUGAAGGAGGUCGAGGAAGAGUCAGCCGAUUUAGACUCUGUUGGUGGCAUGACACAUCCCAGUGAUGUGUUAGAUAUGCCAGUGGACCCCAACGAACCCACCUACUGCUUGUGUCAUCAAGUAUCUUACGGGGAAAUGAUUGGGUGUGACAACCCUGACUGCCCCAUUGAGUGGUUCCACUUUGCGUGUGUGGAUCUAAAAAUCAAGCCAAAAGGUAAAUGGUAUUGUCCUAAGUGUACCCAGGAUAGGAAAAAGAAAUGAUUAACAGCAAAACCUCAAGGUAAUGCUGCAGCCAAAUCUCCAACAAAACCAACAGAAAUGACUGUUAAUAUUAAAAGUGAUGUUGUAUAGUUACUAAUUAAUUUAGGACCUAUUUAAUUAUCAUUACUAAAAUAUAAUAUAUUAUGUUGCGUUGAUGCAUCUUAAUAUUAUUCAAUGAAUCAAAAAUGACUUAAUAAUUUAACCUUCUCAGUUACAUUAUUAUGUAACUUAAUAAUUUCAUAUAUGCUUGUCUUCAAGCACCAAGUUAAAAGCAACAUUAUUUAAAAUAUCAUUUUUUGUGCAAUAUUGUAAAAUUUCUGUUGAGUAUUCUAAAAAAGAAUAUUUUCUUACAUGGACUUAUUGAAUUGUAUUAAGAAUUUUGACUGUACAGUUUUUAGACUAUGUACUAAAAAUGUUUAUUAUUACAUUCAUUUAAGUACUAAUUUAAAAUAUUUUAGGAUCAUAUAAUAGUGUGUUAAAGGAUACACUCACUGACAUGAAUUUGAUUGGCAAUAUAAUAUAUUUUAAGUUUUUUUAUUCUAAUUUUUCUUGUAAUUUAUGAUUUAAAUUAAUAAGAUUUUAAACAUUUCAAAGUCUAGGAUCUACAGAAGUAGCAGUAACUCAAUGAUUAAAGAUGAUGAAGAGAAACUACACUAUUGUCAUUGCCAUUGCCAUAUCACUACAUCUACAUUACUUAUUGAAACUAACAUUGAAAUUUUUAUGAACCUGAUAUCUCAAAAUCAAAAUUUAACAAUGUUUUUCCUCUGUCAAAAAUCAAAUUGAGAUAAUAUAUUAAUUAAAUUGGUGCAAAUUUUGUUUAGUAAUAUAGAUACAUAGAAAUUAUGUCUCCUGUUAACUUUCGCAAUAAGUAUGGUUUUACAUGGUGUCUUCAAAUAAAGUAGAAUUAUGUCUGACAUGGAUUAGUUCUCAACAGUAAAAUUAUGGUUUUAUGUUCUCCAGUUGGUGCUGUUGCACAUUGUUAUAAUUUUUUUAUCACCUAUUUAAAUAAAAUACUUUUGUAAGUUUAAAACAUGUGUGUAAAAAGGUGUUAUCAUUACACAUGAUAUGAUUUUUGUUUAAGUGUUAUGUUUUAAUACGGGAAUAAUAAAUUCAACAGGCAGAUUAGAUUGCAACCUUAAAGAUGAAAGGUUUCAUGUACCUUCAUGUGAUUUAAUUAAUUUGUGUUAACAAUUAGUUAGGGCAUUCUGGCUGUCUGGUGCUGCCUUUCAAUUACUAUGAAGUGAAUCCAAGCUAAAUAUUAUUACUUUAACCAAAAAUUUGUCAAUUAUUUAUAAAUAAGAUAAAAUAUAUUUCUUAAAAUUAAUAACAUCAGGUUUCUUAGUUAUCUACACAUCACAAUACCUAUGUCAAUAUUGAAUCGAUAAGUUGUUAGUGUUUAUUUCAAUUAUUCAAUAAUCACCUGAAAUAAAUAUUAAUGUUAGAUGACAUAUUGUGAAAACAAUUCCAAAGUGUGUUAUUAUAUGUGGAAAAUUAAUAUAUGAAUGUACAAAUGCAAAAUUAAAAUUUCUUAAAUUGUCACACUUGUAAUUCCGAACCCUGUUGCAUCAAUAUUAUUGUUGGGUUGAAAUUGAGUCACACUUGUGAUAAUUUUAAUUAAUUUUGAAAAUUAUAUUAUACAAAAUAUAAAUUAUAUAAUACAAUUAAUACAUUUUGUAUUAUAUAUCUUAUAUAACUUUUUUGUUUAUUUAUAAAAACUUAUUUGGGAUGUAUUGUGUUAAAUCUUAAGUAAAAAUUUAAGCAUUUUCUGUGCUAUUUAAAAAAAUGUAUUUUGAAAUAUUAUAGCAAUGUAUAUAAAGAACUACAAACAAAUUGUAUGCAAUAUGUGUAUGUAUGAUUAUGAUUCUACAGAUGAAAGGAAAUAUUAAGUUUGGUUCUUGCCAUGAUGUCAUUUUUCAUUAGUGGUAAUAUUUAUUUGGGACAUCAUACAAACAAUUUGAUUUUUUUAAAUUUGCAGACUUGCAUUUUUACGGAAACAAUGUUAACAUCACCAGCCAUUAUUUUGAGCAUGUAUGAAUGUUUAUUGACACUUUAUGAAAUUAACUUAGGACAUAUUUAUAUUCCAGCAAGUCCGCCUAUUGAAAAGGCUGACAGCACCUGCAAUAUCUCAGGUGUUGCAAGAGCGUGGGUAGGCUGUGAUCAAUAUUCAUCACCUUUAUUAUUUUUAUGUACUCUUUGAUAAUUUUACAAAUAUAGAAGAGUCCAUAGCAAUAAUAUGUAACUUAAAUUUAUUGUUUCAUACAAUAUAAUGUGUUGCAAUAUUCUUUAUCGGCCUAGCUUUCAUAAUAUGAAAUAGAUAAGUGCAAUGAGUUACAUGCAAUUGGUCAACAACAUUAAAAAAAAAGCCAAAUCUACACUGACCAACUAUGUGUUAAUAUGAAAUGUAUAUAUUAUAUACCUAUUAUAAUAAAACAUGUAUUUCUUUCCAUACUAUAUUAUUAUAUUCAUAUUUUUAUAUGACAA